AUUUCGAUUUCGAACGUACUCCUUUGUCGAACAUCACGGUUUGACGGUCGGCAUUUGCUUCGAUGCGUUUAUAGUUGUUUGGGAGAGUUAACUUCUUUGCCACAUUUGUUGUGAAUAUCUCUGCAGAGUGCUCUUACUUUUUGUUGUACGUAUCAUUCUACAUACGCGUUAAAUACACGUCUGUUAAAGUAUUUUGGAAAAUGGUGCGAGUGUGAAGUGUAAUUACCAUAUUUAUUUAUUACCGGGUGUUUGUUGGAAUCUCCAGUUUACGGAUAACAUUCAGUCUGGGGAGGAGCACGUCACUAGCUCACACGUCAGCCGGAAUCACACACACUAAUUGCUAGCAAAAAAAAAACACUUGCCAGCGCGAGUGAAUCCGAAAUCUACGGACGAAAAGCAGAUUAGUUUUGGCUUUAAAAAUGGUGUUAAUAGCAGCUGCUGUAUGUACGAAAGCGGGGAAAACCAUCGUUUCCCGGCAGUUUGUGGAAAUGACAAAGGCCCGCAUCGAAGGACUGUUGGCCGCAUUUCCGAAGCUUAUGACUUCGGGCAAGCAACACACAUUCGUCGAAACUGAUUCCGUGCGCUACGUGUACCAGCCGCUAGAAAAGCUGUACAUGUUGUUGAUCACCACGAAGGCUAGCAACAUACUGGAGGAUCUAGAAACGCUUCGCCUAUUCUCGAAGGUAAUCCCCGAGUACUGCCGUUCGCUCGAGGAGAAAGAAAUCAUCGAGAAUGCGUUCGAUCUGAUCUUUGCUUUUGAUGAAAUCGUUGCGUUGGGCUAUCGUGAGAGCGUCAACUUGGCGCAGAUUAAAACGUUCGUCGAGAUGGAUUCGCACGAAGAGAAGGUCUACCAAGCGGUUCGACAGACGCAAGAACGGGAAGCGAAGCAAAAGAUGCGCGAACGUGCGAAAGAACUCCAGCGUCAGCGCAUGGAGAUGAAGAAGGGCCAAUCAGGCGGGCGUGGUGGUGGUGGAAGCGGUCCGGGAGGAUUUGGUAACAGUUUCAGCAGCAGUGGUGGCAUAUCUAGUGACAGUAUUUCAUCGCUUAGCACACCGUCGGCUAACAUUGCCGAAAUUAACAAGCCUGCACCGGCAGCUGCAAAAUCAACGGCACCACGGAAUGCGCUUAAACUGGGUGGCAAAUCGCGCGAUGCUGACACCUUCGUCGAUCAACUUAAGAACGAAGGCGAAAAGGUGGUUUCAACCCCGCUGCCAACUGCGGCCUCAUCGGCCUCUGCAAAAGCGAAACCAGUAUCGGACGUGGCGAUGGAUUCUGUUCAUUUGCGUAUGGAGGAUAAGGUGGUGAUUCGUAUCGGGCGCGAUGGUGGAUUGCAAACGUUCGAACUGUCCGGAUUGCUGUCGUUGCGUAUCUCGGACGAAAAGUAUGGCCGCAUUAAAGUACAGCUCAAUAAUACGGAUCAGCGCGGUAUUCAGCUGCAGACGCAUCCGAACGUGGACAAGGAGCUAUUCCGAAGCGUGAAUCAGAUUGGGUUGAAAAAUCCGGCCAAGCCCUUCCCGCUGAACACGGACGUAGGUGUAUUGAAGUGGCGCUACCAGACACAGGAUGAAUCUGCCGUUCCGUUGACUAUUAAUUGCUGGCCAUCAGAAAAUGCAGAAGGUGGUUGUGAUGUGAAUAUUGAGUAUGAGCUGGAGCAUACUCGGUUGGAGCUGCAGGACGUUUGCAUUACGAUUCCACUACCAAUGGGUAUUACGCCAUCCAUUGCCGAGUGCGAUGGUGACUACAAUCAUGAUUCACGAAAGAAUCAAUUGCUGUGGAAUCUUCCGGUUAUUGAUGCUUCCAGCAAACAGGGUUCGAUGGAAUUUAGUGUACCCAGCUCCAUUCCGGGUGACUUUUUCCCGCUUGAUAUAACAUUUUCAUCAAAAAUUCCCUAUGCUGAGCUAGCGCCCGCAAAAGUAAUGCUGGUAGAGGACGGUAGCGAUGUGAAGUUCUCGGCCGAAACAGUUUUCUAUACGGAUAAGUUUGAAAUAGUGUAAAUUGGCUAGCACGCAAGGUGCUGGGAUAUCCCACACAACCCUUUCCUGCAGGGCUAGGUCGGUCGUUACGUGAAUAUAUCAUUAUAUUUCUGCUUAUAUUUGAUGCCGCAAUUCCACAGUACAGAACGGAGGGACGUUUAAUAGCAAAAGUUUUAGCUGUUAAGAGAUAUGCGCCUGUCCAGAGCGAAACAUAUGCAGUGCCUGACAACGCACGGCUCACGGAUGGGAGUUGGCGUUGAAUAACUUUCCAAUCUGUGGGGCUCAUAUGCGUAGGAUUCGUAAGCUUUCGUUAAUUUUUAUAUUGAUUUUCUUUUAUCAAAUGCAUAUAUGUAACCUUUCCUUUGUGUGUAACCUUUUUUUUAAACACCCAAUCAAAUACGCAACUCCCGCCCACGGUGGGAAACAUUCUAUACGUUAGCAUAGCUGUACGAAGGUGAAUUAUUAAUUAUGAGCAUGCGAGAGAAAAAAUGAGUAAUUCCAGCAAUGAAAUGGUGAAUAAAUAUAAAUUAACUACAAGCGGAAA